CUGCCGUUCCAAACCCUAUAUAUGCAUCCUCCCGCUCUCUCCCACUCUUGGGACAAACGAGGAGACUUCAGCGACUCAUCUUUCCUUCUCUCUGAUCGACGAUCUUCCAGCUCUAGACAAAAUUAGACGAGAGUUCUGUCUUCUCCUUGUUACCAUGACUCCUUCAACGGUCACCUCUUCGACUAUACUUGAUUUAUUUUCUACUGACGAUGAGACUUUUUUAGCAUUAUGGAGAAUAAGGAGUGGAGGAUCUUUUCCUGCAAAUGUUCAUGAUAUAAAUCCUUACCAGUGUAAACCUGAAAAUUUACCAGAUGGAGUUUGGUAUUACGUUGAGGGCAACGUGGAUGCUGGCUCAAGUUUUGGUCGCUGGAAGCUGAAAGAUGGAGACUGUAAACUGUAUACAAACUCUUCCUUCACUGGAGGGAGAACAAGUUAUGAAUAUUAUGAAGGUCAAGCACCUUAUGAGAGUAAAACAGCCUGGGUUAUGCAAAAGUACUGGAUGAAUCAGAUGGACCUGCGUGCAACCAUCGAGCAAGAGCCUAUUAGUCAAUUGCUUGUUUGGUUGGGCAAUAUGCAGGAGACCAGCUCACUUUGCAAAGUCUUUCUUGGAGAUGAACAAUUUCAAAACAAUGAAAUGAUUCAGAAAACCGAAUUUUCUAGUAUUCUCAAUUCAGAACCAGUCCUAAAUCAUCAGUUGGUUGUUACAGAUGGUUCGACUUCGAAUAACAUGGCGAAUGGAUUGACAAGCAAGUCUAAGAUGAAUGAAGAUGACAAGAUGAUAGAAUUGGCAGAUGCAGGAAAACGUUUGGAUAAUCAUUUAGAAGAUAUCCAUCCUGAGAUGGAUUAUUGUUUAGGUGACGACUACUUGGAAUUGCUGGAUUUAGAUAACCCAACAUCUUCGUCAUCGAGCUCUGAAAAUUCUAGUUGCUUGUCCAUGUCAUCGAAUGAAGAUUUUGUUACAAUGGAUGUUCUAUGUGAUGUAGAACGUGAAAUUAACCAUGACAGGGGACGAAGAGAUGCUGCCUGCAUCCGUUCCUCUGCACCCUUCAAACUAAAGAAGGAGGUGGUGCAUCAAGUGGCUUCAGAUUCUCUUGUCACCAUCAUAAGAAGCCACCCAGCGGCCAAAGAGACUCCCAAAACCGAUUCCUCGGCGAACAUGAAACUCCCAAGCCAAAGUAAGAAAGAAGGGUACAGAAUGAAAGGUGCAUCAUCAAGUUGUCACAACAAGGUCUCAAAUGGUGAAGAAACAGGUGUGGAUGGAGGAAAGAAGAGGGUUGGCAGAAGGGGGAAGAGUCCAAAGAAGAAGUACUUUUGCUUCUUUGCUCUUUAGAUCUUCCUCCGCAUCAGUUAGAGUAAGUAAGUUAGUGAUGGGAUUAGACAAGAUUAACAAUGGUUUUGAGCAGACUACUGAAGCCUUUCCUUUCAAGUCUGCAACAUCAUACCUUAAAAAUUAUCCUGUUUGAUUAAGUUCAGUUCAGUUUGGUUCGGUUCGAACUGGGUUUCUAGAGAUGAUGUUCUGUAAUUGUAAUUGUAAUUCAAAUGAGUUGACUUGACUUCAUUCAUAGCUUGCUGAAGUCAAUGUAAUUGUAGAGGGUCCCACUCGUCUUUUGGGGAGUAACCAGCCCACCAUUGUAACUAGUUCAUGUUUCUUGAGUUGAAGUAAAUGUUUUCGUUUAUCUUUUCUU